AUGAAGCCACUAGAAUUUUUGAGGGGUAUUGAACCAUUAAAAGCAAAGGCUUGGAUACUAGAAACUGAAAAGAUCUUUGAAGUAUUUCCGUGUACCGAAACACAUAUAGUUUGGUUGGCAACCUUUACCUUGAAAGAAGAAGCUAGGAGAUGGUGGAUGCUCGUCCGGGAUGAGAAUGGAGAUUUAACAUGGGAUCGAUUCAAAGAAAUUUUCUACGAAAAGUACUUCCCGCAAUGCAUCCGAGAAAGGAAGGUAUCUGUAUUUGAACAACUAAAACAAGGUGACAUGACUGUGGCAGAAUAUGAAGCAAAAUUUAUUGAAUUAGCCCGAUAUGCACCUCAUAUGGUUAACACUGACUACAAAAAGGCAAGGAGAUUUGAGGGCGGAUUGGAUGUCGAAGUGUUUGACCAGGUAAAUGUUUUGAAAUUGGUAAAGUAUGUGGACUUACUUGAUAGAUCCUUGAUGUUCGAAGCAAAUAUUGCUGCCUCGAAAAUGUCUAAGCCAAUAGCAACAACCGAAGGAGAAUGUAAGAAAUUAAAGAAACAGAAAAUGGAAAUGGUUAGUAAAUCAAUGGCCUCCGUGAAUGAGAAAUCAAAUUCAAGAACUAGUGGCAACACAAGACGAAGAAGUAGUGGAAACAAUGACAUACCCACCUAUAGAGAAUGUGGGAAGCAACAUUGA